AUUGAAUUGAAAGAAGAAAUGAGCAAUUUUGAUGUUCAAUUGCUGGGACACAGAUUCCACCCAACUGAUGAAGAAAUUAUCACGUAUUAUCUGGAAAGAAAGAUGGCUCGCCUUAAUAUUCCUCACAACGUAGUUAACGAAGUUGAUAUUUGCAAAUUCGAGCCUUGGGAAUUGCCUCAGCUUUCAGCGCUGUUAGAUGAUGAAGAGUGGUACUUUUUCAGUACACCUUGCAAGUAUGCCAACGGUAAAGGGACCAAAAGAACAACCAAGGGUGGUUACUGGAAAGUGACGUGUAAUGAUCGUCGUGUUUGGGACGAAUGCGAAGAGAAUGAGAUUGGGAAGCAAACGACUUUGGUUUUCUACAAAGGACGUGGUUCUAAAGCGGUGAAGACCGACUGGAUUAUACAUGAAUACCAUUCCAACAACGCCACUUCUUAUCAGAAUGCAUUUGUUUUCUGUCGCAUUAAAGGACAACUAGAGGAUGGGUCAAAUGCUUAUACCGGCGGCGAACCAAGCUACAGUUGA